CCAACAUAAAACACAUCGUGACGUUCAGUCGACUGAUCCGAACUGUUACGUAUCAGCGCACCACGUGACGCCGCCUGCAUCGCUUUUUACGCGGGAAUCCUCCAGCGUGGAGCGUGUUAUUCCAGCAGCUCCGUUCAUUAUUCAAGCCUUUUAGUUUCACUUUUCCACAAGUGAGCAGGUGCAGUCAGGUGAGAUGCUGAGCUCCAAGCUGCUGACUCUGGUGCUGGUGGUGCAGCCGGGCAGGGUGCUGCUGGGCAUGAAGAAGAGGGGCUUUGGAGCUGGCAAGUGGAACGGGUUUGGCGGCAAAGUUCAACAUGGAGAGACCAUUGAGGAUGGUGCCAGGAGAGAGCUUCAGGAAGAAAGUGGUCUGACGGUGGAUGUGCUUGAGAAGGUUGGAAAUAUCAAAUUUGAAUUUGUCGGAGAAGUGGAGCUGCUCGAUGUCCACGUUUUCAGAGCCGACGCUUAUAACGGAGAGCCAACAGAAUCAGAGGAAAUGCGGCCUCAGUGGUUUGAAUGUGAUAAAAUUCCCUUCAGUCAGAUGUGGCCUGAUGAUAUCAUGUGGUUCCCUCUGAUGCUUCAGAAGAAGAAAUUUGUUGGAUACUUCAAGUUUCAGGGUCAUGAUGUGAUUCUCAGCCACAAACUGGAGGAGGUGGAGGAGUUCUGAUGAGAAAUAAUCUGGCUGUCGCUGAUGGCAUUUAUGUCUGGGACCAAAAAAAGAAAAAAAAAAUGCUCAGCCUUCCAAGAUUUGACGGCGAUUACUGGAGAAAGCCCACUGUUAAUGUUCUUGUCCAGGUUUAUUUAGUGGGAGUUGAACGAGAACUGUUACCUGUUUGGUUGGAGCGUUGACAUGUUGUGUGACUAAUUCUUUUCUGUAAACCUUUUUCCUUUUUCAGGUGAAUCAAAGCAGCAAUAUAUUGAAAGAAAUGUCCAUUUUGUCAUUUUAUUUUGAGAAUAACUGAUUGAAGACAAUUCAGCAGACUUCUUACAUGGAAUAUGUACACUAUUUACAAUUCUGAUUUCAUUGGGUUUCGUAUUCUGUGCAGCUUUGCUUGAUCCCAGAAUCGAGAUGAUUGCCAAAAUGUGUGUCAUACUGUAUGUACUGUAUUUAAAGUUGUUUCAGAAAAUACAUGUGCACAUAUCCUGA